AUGUCAGGAACAGCACCAAAUGAUCCUGCUCUUGGCGUCCACUCUAGUAUCAUUGAGCAGACCCCGAACAUUAUCGAUGAGACGAAAGAGACAAGCGGGCGAAUCGUCGAUGCUAAUAUAGGGGAGAGUAUCGACGCUGCAAACAGCAAGCGCGGAACUUCUGAUCGUGUUGAUGAUAUCCUCAAUCAGCCCAAUGCAGCCAAAGGAAGUUUGGGAGCACAGAAGAAGACUGCGACGUUAGGUGAGAAGGGAUUCAAGGUUGGCCAAGAGGCAGAUCUCCAUGAUUUGGCACAGAGUAAACAGCCGUAA